AUGGCCUCCCGCCCGGAGCUCAAGGUCGACGACGAGCCAGGUUUCGUCCGGGCCUACAACGACCUCGAGAAGAACAAGCCCAAUGACACCAUACGCAUCUUCGACCGCGGCGACUUCAUGUCCGCGCACGGAGAAGAUGCCAAGUUCAUCGCCAAUGUCCAGUACCGGACGACCUCCGUGCUCAAGACCUUGGGAAGAAAUCCGGGGCUCGACUCCGUGACCAUGACCGUCACUGUCUUCCGCACAUUCCUGAGAGAGGCGAUUUUCAGAUUGGGGAAGCGCGUCGAGGUCAUGCAGUCGAAUGCGAGGAAUCAGUGGAAAUUGGCGAAGCAGGCGUCGCCGGGGAAUCUUCAGGAUAUUGAAGAUGACUUGGGCGGGCAUGUUGAGUCGGCGCCUAUCAUUCUGGCUGUCAAGGUCUCAUCGAGGGCGAACGAAGCGCGGAACGUGGGUGUCUGCUUUGCGGAUGCUAGUGUGCGAGAACUGGGCGUCACCGAAUUCGUGGACAACGACAUCUACUCGAAUUUCGAGUCUCUCAUCAUUCAGCUGGGCGUGAAGGAGUGCUUGAUACAGACAGACAUUUCGAAGAAGGACGCUGAGCUUAACAAGCUUCGCACGAUCGCUGAUAAUUGCAACUGUGCUGUGUCGGAGCGGCCGGCUGGUGAUUUCGGAAGUAGAGAUAUCGAGCAGGACCUGGAGAGACUUUUGAAAGACGAGAAAGCGGCGAGUCAGUUGCCCCAGACGGAUCUCAAACUGGCCAUGGGGUCUGCUGCUGCCCUGAUCAAGUAUUUGGGCAUCAUGUCUGAUCAGAGCAACUUUGGCCAGUUUGCUUUGUAUCAGCAUGAUCUGAGCCAGUACAUGAAGCUGGACUCGUCUGCUCUGAAAGCACUCAAUCUCAUGCCUGGACCAAAGGAUGGCUCUAAGACGAUGAACCUGUACGGUCUGUUGAACCACUGCAAGACACCCGUCGGCAGCAGACUUCUGGCUCAAUGGCUGAAGCAGCCCUUGAUGAAUCUCGAGGAGAUUGAGAAGAGGCAGCAGCUUGUUGAGGCUUUUGUCAACGAUACUGAACUUCGACAGACGCUGCAAGAGGACCACCUCCGCUCGAUACCGGACCUUUACCGCCUGGCAAAGAAGUUCCAACGCAAGAAGGCGAAUCUGGAAGACGUCGUCAAAGCUUAUCAGGUUGCCAUCCGCUUGCCUGACUUCAUUGGGACCUUUGAGGGCGUUAUGGAUGAGACAUACAAAGACGCUCUGGACUCAGAGUAUACGCACAAGCUGCAGGAGUAUUCAACCAGUUUCAUGAAACUUCAAGAAAUGGUCGAAUCCACUGUCGAUCUGGAUGCUAUGGACAACCAUGAAUUCAUCAUCAAGUCAGAAUUUGACGACACGCUGAGAAUCAUUCGAAAGAAGAUCGAGAGCCUUCGCUACAACAUCGACAAGGAACACCAACGUGUUGGUAUGGAUCUGAACCAGGACACUGAGAAGAAGCUGCUUCUCGAGCACCACAAGACGUACGGCUGGUGUUUUCGCUUGACACGGAACGAAGCUUCUGUCAUCCGCAACAACAAGGCGUAUCCAGAGAUUUCGACCCAGAAAAACGGCGUCUACUUCACUACGAGCAAGCUGACGGAGAUGAGACGCGAGUUUGACCAGCUGUCAGAAAACUACAAUCGAACACAAAGCGGACUUGUCAAUGAAGUCGUCAACGUUGCGGCAUCAUAUUGCCCCGUCAUUGAGAAGCUCGCCGGUGUGCUUGCUCAUCUCGAUGUGAUAGUCAGCUUCGCUCACGUCUCUGUUCACGCCCCUACCGCCUACGUUAAGCCCAAGAUGAAUCCUCGAGGAACUGGAAGCACGAUUUUGAAGGAGGCCCGGCACCCGUGCAUGGAGAUGCAGGACGAUGUCCAAUUCAUCACCAACGACGUCUCACUCACCCGCGAUGAAUCCGAAUUCCUCAUCAUCACAGGGCCGAACAUGGGCGGCAAAUCGACCUACAUCCGCCAAAUAGGAGUCAUAGCCCUCAUGGCACAGAUUGGCUGCUUCGUCCCCUGCUCAGAAGCAGAGCUCACUCUCUUCGACUGCAUCCUUGCCCGAGUCGGCGCCAGCGACAGCCAACUCAAAGGCGUCAGCACCUUCAUGGCCGAAAUGCUCGAAACCGCCAACAUCCUCAAAACGGCCACGCGAGAAUCCCUCGUCAUCAUCGACGAACUCGGCCGCGGCACAAGCACCUACGACGGCUUCGGCCUCGCCUGGGCCAUCUCCGAACACAUCAUCAAAGAAAUCGGCGCCUUCGCCCUCUUCGCCACGCACUUCCACGAACUCACCGCUCUCGUCGACACAUACCCUCAAGUCCAGAACCUCCACGUUGUGGCACACAUCGGCGACUCGGAAGGCGACGCCGCCAUGACCAACGGCGACGCCUCCAACAAUCCCCGCCGCCGCGAAGUCACCCUCCUCUACAAAGUCGUCCCGGGCAUCAGCGACCAGUCCUUCGGCAUCCACGUCGCGGAGCUCGUGCGCUUCCCUUCCAAAGUCAUCAAUAUGGCGAAACGCAAAGCGGAUGAGUUGGAGGAUUUCUCUGGCAAGCACGAAGAGAUGAAUGUGCAGGCGAGUAGCGAGGAGGUGGAGGAGGGGAGUCGGCUGCUCAAGGAGGUUUUGGUGCAGUGGAAGGAGGAGGUGAAGAGGGAGGGUUUGAGUAAAGAGAUGCAGGUGGAGAGGAUGAGGGAGUUGGUGCAGGGGAAUGAGGCGUUGUUGGGGAAUUCGUUUUUCAAGAGUGUGAAGGCUUUGUAA